AUGGCUCUGACUCUUGAAUUCGCCUCAAACAACUUGAUCCCUCGCUCUGAAUUUCUCACUAUUUUCACUCCUUCCGACUCCGCAUUCUCCUCAUCCGGCCAGCCGUCUCUUUCCCUGGUGAAAUUCCACUUUUCUCACCAGUCUUUGACCUCCCAUACCCUCAAAACCCUCCCUUUCAACUCCAAGAUUCCAACUUUAUCCCCUUCCCGCGCUCUGCUCGUUACUUCACCGCCGUAUCGUGAUCACGAUUUCAUUUCAAUCAACGGGGUCAAGGUCAACGCCAGCUCGGUGAUAUACGACGACGGGUGGUUGAGAGUCUUUGGGAUUGAGAAAUUCUUUGAUCCAAACUUCCGUGCCCCUCCAAGGCCUAAUCUUGAUUGCGCAGCAUCGGUGCUUGACGACGAUGAAGACGACGGUGAUGGCCCGAUGAGUUUCGGUGAAGCUAUUGACGAAAUGAAAGAUAAACGGUACUCAGUUAUGGCUUCAUUUCUUGAAUUGCAAUUGGCGACGACAAAGAAGCCAACUUUGCUGACUGUGUUCGCUCCUCAAGAUGACAAAAUAGAGGGUGGCGACGCCCACAUUCUUGGGUACGAAAUUACUGUCACACUAAGGCAAGAUCAUGGGGGUCUGUUGGCCAAUGAAAUACUUGUUGCUGAGGAUGUGUAUGCCAAUGAGUGGCUUGCCGUUUUGGGGAUUGGUGAUGUUUUACCGGCUGUGCCGGAGCCGGAGCCAAAGCCAGAACCAAAACCAUCAGCUCAGAGAAGAAGAUCAAUGGUGAAUCUUGACAUCUUGAAGGUUUUGGUAGCUUUGUCAUCUCUGAUUAUUUGGAUAUAUGGCUUUUAG